AAUAAUUAACGAUUCUAGUGUUCUGAAAACGAAGACCUGGAAAAUCUCCUGAAAGCUGACUUCCAAAUGAACAGAUCUUCCUUCUAUGACGCGUGUCCCAUCUUAAUAUACAGCAUAAUAAAUAGACACUGCGCCGAAGAGAUCUUCCUAGAAGACGAAACGUCUUCGACAGCCCGCAAUGGCUUUGUCUGGUUCUGUUCCAUCAUGGCUGUCGUACUGAUAAGUGCCUGCGGGGUGCUCUCCCUCGCUAUCAUUCCCGUGAUGAAAAAAAAAUUCUACAAGCCGAUGAUCCAAUUCCUGGUGGCUCUGGCGGUGGGCACAUUGGCCGGUGACGCGUUGCUGCAUUUGUUGCCGCACGCCAUGAGCGGAAACCACGCGGAAGAAAGGAAUUCACACAUGCACGGACAUGACGACAAUAUCAAGAAGGGAUGCGUUGCCAUGCUCGGUCUGACGUUUUUCUUUAUAAUGGAAAGGCUGAUAUUGCUCCUUGGGAACUGGAGAAAGGGCAAGAGGAAGCACGAGCAUUCGCAUGUUACAGUUAUUAAGGAUGCGGGGGAGAACGAGAAGGGAAACAACGAGACACAAUGCAUGGAUAGGUACAACUCGGUUCCGUACUGCUAUGAGGAUAUCAUGAGUAAUCCACGCACCCUUUACGAGUCGGACAAAACUUCGACGACAACUCCCCUCGACCCGACCCCCAACUCCGAUAAGCAAUCGUGCAAGAUCUCGCGCUCCGCCGAUGAUCUCGAAGCCAAUCAGAACACAAUCGAGAGCAGCGCCCUCUCCGAAAUGAACCGCAUGCUGGGACCCACUUCCAUUGAUAAACCGAACGAAGACUACACCGUGAUCGUGCGUGAGCAUCGUAACGACCACCAUGGCCACAGCCAUAAACACGGCCACGUCCACGCCGCGCCACGGAACUUCUCCUCGGUUGCGUGGAUGGUAAUCAUGGGUGAUGGCCUGCACAACUUCACGGACGGCAUGGCGAUCGGGGCUGCCUUCUCGGGAAGUUUGGCCGGUGGGUUCUCGACGACGGUGGCGGUGUUCUGCCACGAGCUACCGCACGAGCUUGGCGAUUUUGCCGUGCUGCUGCAAGCAGGAAUGACCAUCAAGCAGGCGCUGUUCUACAACGUGCUUUCGAGCAUCCUGUGCGUGUUUGGGAACGUCUUUGGGCUGGUGUUGGGUAACACAGAAUAUGCUAGCUCAUGGGUAUUCGCCGCAGCAGCAGGUAUGUUCAUCUACAUUGCAUUGGUAGACCUGAUACCCGAGCUUAGCUCAGCACAUGAGGAUGAAGGCAAUUUGAUGCAGUGUGUGCUCCAUUUGGGUGGACUUCUCGUAGGUUUGGGCAUCAUGGCUCUUAUCGCAUUUUACGAGCACUCUCUGAUGAACCUAUUCAAUGAUUCAUUUUGAUACCAAUGAUAUAUGAACGGAUUCAUAUUUAUUUUUUACUUUUAUAAGGAAAGUAGUGCUAAAACAAAUUUCGCUUUUACCAAAAGAUAAACUCAUUACCCCGCAAUGGUAAUGGGCUGGUUCUGUAUAUUCUAAAGGUUGCAUUUUCAAUACACUUUUUAUUUCAAUUCAUACAUGUUCCACUUCAUCAUUAUACUUCCUCUUUCAUUCACCACACUUUCCAUUACUUUCCUAUUUGUGUAUUCAUCUCGUCUUCCAUUAUUUAUAUGCAGUACUAUGCACUUCUUGAUUGGAAUACUUAAAAAGGCUGGUAGUACUUAGAGUUUUUGUGUUCAUUAUGACCAUCAAACCAGUCCAUUUGCUUUCAAUUUAUAGUUUUCUACGACUGCUUUGGAUAAUAAUUGAUUUGAAAAAAGUGAUGUUGACUAAUUUUAGAAUUUGUUUCUUCAAGUUCAUAGACAAGUAGGUAUUUAUUUUUUAUGAGUUUCCUUAGUUUUAAGUUUGAUAUUUUGAGUUUUGAGUUGAUUUUAGUUUCAAUAAAUAUGUAU